AUGAUGAUUUCUACGAGCUUUCUUUUUAAUUCAAGGCAAGGAUCUUCAAAUUACCGGAGGCGGAUCCAAGACACCACACCUGCCAUCGCCGAAGAUCGGUGCAGGCCUGCCAACUGCGACAAGGACCUUUCACCCAGGCAAGAGAAGGGCCGGAGAAAGGACCUCUCUCUGCAAUUACCCAACGAACAAGGAGUCCCCUACCUUUACGUAAGUCUUGUCUUCGGCAACGCCAGAUCCCCAUCCUUCCGAAGAACGGUCGGGUCGAUCCUGAAGCUGAUGGAUGGUCACGAGGAGUCCGUCACGUAUGGAAUAGCAAUUUAA